AUGACAGGACGCAUUCUGGCGCCUCUUGUCCUGCAGCUCUUCACCGUGCUACGGGGGUCUGCUGAACCCGCGCAGAGCGACCGCGCUUGGUGUCACCGUUCUGGAGCUUGUUACAGUGUCCAUGUGGCCAGCCUGAAUUUCAACGAGGCCCAGGAGGCCUGCCACCAGCGUGGGGGAGGCCUGAGCACAGCCAGCGGCGAAGCCGAGCUGGAAGCCAUCUUCGCUCUCCUGAGAGGGCUUGCCCGGGAGACAGGCACCUCUUCCUUUUGGUUGGGCCUGCUCAGGAAACCUCCGCAGUGCACCCGCAGAGACCUGCCCCUACGGGGUUUCUCUUGGGCCUCGGCUUGGCCUCAAGAGGUCUCGGCUAACGGGACCAUGGAGACCCCCUACUGGGUGAAAGAGCCGGCCAUGUCGUGCCUCAAGCUGAGAUGCGCCGGGCUGCACAUGGCUGCCGCUGCUGCGAGCGGGGAGCAGCCUGUGCAGCGGUGGGGCCUGAAGGAUCACUCCUGCAACCACGUCAAUCCCGGUUUUAUCUGCAAGUACUACCGCUCCGAGGCGGGGUGCCCAGCGCUGCACGCGCCCGGCGCUCGCAACCUGACCUCUGUGCUCCCUUACCAGGUGCAAAGCACCGCUUUGGAGUUCAGCCCGCCGGGCACGGUGCUCACCCUCGCGUGCCCCACGAGGGAGGCUCGCUUUACGUGCCGCCUCUUGCUCGACGGCGUCGGCUACCAGUGGGAAGGCACCGCGGAUAGACUCUGCUCCUGCUCCAGCGGCAACUGGAGUCUUAGCAAGGCAGGCUGCGUGGAGCCUGCGGGCUGCGUUGGCGCCCAGGGUGUGUUCCUCUGCUUGUGCGCCUGGGGCUCCCGCUUGGCUGCGGAGGUGAAGUCCUGCUGGCGGGCGGAGAGUGGAAUAACGGCGGGGACGCCUGGGCUGCUGCUGCUGCCGGCUCAAAACAGCUCCCUGCCGGAGCCCUUUCCCGACGUAGUAGUGCGCAUUUCCAACAGCAGCAUUCCCGCCGAGGAUGAAACACUCCUUGCUCCUGACUCCUCCAGCUAUGUCUUGAUCAUUUUGAUCACGCUGGCCGUGGUGAUCUUGUUGAUCCUGAUCAUGGUCGCGCUGCAGUGCUGCCAGUCCUGCUACAAGAGCUGCUCUUCCAAGGGCUCUCUACCCGUCAAAGACGGAGUUCUAGUUGCAGCCAAAGAAGGCGACCCAGAGGCCUCCGCCACCCGCACCAACUCUGUGCAUUCCCUGGUGGGGCCGAGCAAGGAAGAGUCGGCAGAGGCUUCUUCGGAGGGGGAUCUGGAGUCCUUAGAUGGAAAGGUGGAGAUGGAACAAGCGCAAGCAGACCUGGGCUAUUCGCUAGCGAAAACUGACUAGCAGUUAUAAAGAAACUAUCUCCCCCCCCCCCCCCCCCCGCUUUCCCCACCUUUACUAGAUAUUUGUGGAUUACAAAAGAAGAACUGUAAGUUUCAGGUUUAUUUUUAGGGAGACUUUCUUCUCUGCCUGAGAAAGGGGACUAGCUCUAUGUUCUGUGGGAGCUUGGCAACAAACCUUUGAUGGGAAUCCCAUCUCCUCCUUGCUUCUUCCCACAAUCGAGUCCUCUAAGCUUCUGGGUGACAGCGAGAGAGUAGGGCACACACACACCUGAGCCCAUGGAAGGAUAGGGCUACACCCUGCAGCACGAUUGCUGCUUGUCAACCCAUCCAAGCAAUUAAGUGAGCACUGGAGGAAGUUGCAGGGAGUAGUUGCAAAGAGUAGCUGCUGCCUCCACCCUCUCUUCCCUGGCUGUCCUUAGAGGAAUGUUGGUCUCAGGGCAACAGGAGGGGUGUGGGGGACUCUGGUAAGAAGCCAUGGCAGCACUGAGAUUUGGGGCCCUAGUGAUGUGGAGAUUCCUGCUACAAUCUCCACCACUACCACCGCCGCCGCCUGGAGCAGCCACCCUCCAACUCAGCCAGCCCCGCAGCAUGCUCUGUUUUGCCAAGAAGAGCAUGCUGCGGGGCCUGGCCUAGUUGGAGGGCAGCCAUUGUGUGGCAGGUGGGAGCCAUGCUGCCAGGGCACUGCUUCCACUUGGUUGCUCAGUUAUCCUCUCUUGCUGUGUGGUGCAGCAGUAAAGAUGGUCUGCCGAGUCCACUCGAGAGAAGGUAGCCAGGGAACAGGAGAGAAAUGAGCAGAGUUGGUGGAGAUGCCAAGGAGCUCUCUUGUCUCUGCACACUCUCUCCACCGGAAUGGCAUGGCAAGAAGUUGCUGUACUGUCCAGGGAGAUUGCUUUCAACCUCUGUGCUGCUUAGAGGAAGAGCACAGGUGAAUGAAUGAUUGAGGGGAGGCAGUCACUAUGCUUUGCUGUUAUCACGCACUUGUUCCCCUGUUUAGGCAGAAGGUGAUCUCUGUUUAGAGUUGCCAUGUCCCCCGGAAUUCUGGGUUUCACCUGGAUUUUAAGCAUCUCACCCAGAUUGCUUAGCCCACCCAGAUUCACCUGGAUUUCAGCUUUCAUUUUAAAACACACACACACAACUAAGCUCUAGCCCUUGAAAAGUGGUAGGGUUGUGUGUGUGUUUUUUUUUUUUCUGUUUCGAUUUGUACCAAAUCCAAAUCAACCCAAUCAAUCAAUUUUGUAUUUUGUCCGAAAUUAACCCUUCCGAAUCAUCUCAGUUUUGUUUUAUAUCUGAAUUAAUCCAAAUCUGAAUUUAUUCAGAUUUAAAAAUGGGUCACAUGGUCAAAAUAGUGGGGGGGGGGGUAUAGUACCCAAUGAGUGGAAGCUACCACAAAAAUUUCAAAGGAAAUGGGCAGACGGCUGAUUUUUGGUGAAUUUUUGAAGUUUGCGCGUCUUUUAGAUUUUCCCCAUAGGAUAUGAUGGAGGUUUCAGGAAAAGUAUAGCUUCACGCGGGGGGCGGGGACAGAGUGGAGUGUGGUUGGUCGUAGUUCCCAGUUGGUACAAGGAAUCUACCACAAUUUUUUUCCAGAGGAAUUUGGCAAAGGGCUGAUUUUUAAAGUAUUAAUGAAAUUAUGCGUCUUUCAGAUUUUCCUCAUAGGGUAUAAUGGAGGUUCCUGCAGUCCCAUAACUCCACUUGAGGGGCACUGGGGUGGCCCAGAGCAAGUGGCAGUGUAGUGCACAUAGGGUGCCAACCACCCACAUGGGUUGCCCACCCAUAAAGUACAGGGUUUUGUUGUUCUAGAGGUGUUCUGAGAGUAGAUUCUCUAGUAGCAUAUGAGAGUGGAUUCAUGGUUUCUCAUUAAAAAUCUCAUUUGCUACCAGAGAAUCUAAACUCAACACCUCAGAAACAACAAAGCCCAGUACCCCAAUGGGUUAGCAAUCUAGGAGAGUGGUUGGCACCCUCUGUGCACUACACCACCACUCGCUUCGGGCCAUCCCAGUGCCCCCCAGGUGGAGUUAUGGGGCUGCUGAAACCUCCAUUAUUCCCUAUGGGGGGAAAUCUUAAAGAUGCGUAAACCUCAAAAAUUCCUAAGAAAUCAGCCCUUUGCCCUAUUUGGAAUCUGGGUGCACCACCCUUGGGGCACUGCCACCCAACCCACUGUUUUGCCCCUGAAGCCCCACAUAAACAAGUUGAAAGAGUGAAGAGAAUGAUGAACAACAACACUUAAUUUUUUGGCACAGUUAUUUGAGAAUUUUGCAGCAGGUGGGAGCCUGUCCCUGUGGCACUAGUACAGCAGCACAACCCAUUUGUGGAUUCAAGCAAUCUUUCAAUAAAAACACUCCCUCCCCAUUGAACAGUGACCACAGGUCAUUUAAGAUAGCAAGAUAGACCAAUGAACUGCCUUGGUACUAUGGAACAGCUAGAAAUGUUCAUUUAACUGAAGUGGAGUGAGCCGUAGCCCAAACAAAUCAUCCUACUGUUCAGAAUUGUUGAGAUUUAUCAUCACUGCAUUUCAGAAAGUGCAAAACCAUGGAUCAUGGUUACAAGAAAGAGAGAAGCAACUAAGAUUCCUGGGGAUGUCAAUAGAUUGACAGGGAGUAUUCCCCACCCCCUCCUUUUGUCUCCUGUAGUCCCAUCUGAAUGACCUGUCCCUGCAAUGGCAAAAGUUGUGAACCACUGGCUUAGACAUCAUGUCCCACUAAAUUACAUUGCGGCCUAAAUUACAUUAGACUGCUCAACUUGGGCAACAAAACUUAGACACCACUAUAACUCAAAAAAAAAGAAAAAAAAAUCAGAAGAAAAACAAAAUAGCUCUUCAAAAGACCCCUGAACAAGUCAAGAGAUUCUUUCUAAACCUUUGGAAAGAAAAACCUGUGUAAUUUCAGAACUUCCCUAACCAGCUUCUCAAAAAGCUUCUCCAGACAAUUUAUACCAUGGGUUUUAGCAAGAGCUUUGGAAUUGCAUUGAGCUCCCAAAGAUAUUUGGGUAUUUCUGUCUCAAAAUGCUGUCUUCCAAAUCCCUUUGCAAGGUCAGUUUGCAUUUCAACACAUACUUAAGUAAACCAUUCAUGCUCAACAGCUUUUUGCAUAUCUUAUCUUCUGCUAAUCACUCAGUGCCUCAGCUGGAGUGGAGAGAGUCAGAGAAGUCAAUUUGAAUUGCAAUGCUUUUCCGAAGAACAAAGCAUUCUGUCUGGAACACAGUCAUUUCGAUUUGGAAACAAAAAUCUCUGUUUUUUAAUUCUUGAUUUUGUUUUGGUUAUAAAACCUCCGAAAUUGCCAUUUUCGGGCACAAAACGUUUUGUACCCGAAUCGAAAUGCACAAGCCUAAAAAGUGGAGUUAUGGAGCUAAGUGUGCAGUCACUAUUCUGCUCAAAAGUUAUUUGCAAGCCCAUUUCUUCUUCUGCAUGAUUCCCAUCAUCCACUACGUUCAUCGGGGGAGGCUCGUCUGUGGCUACCUCCAUGUCGUUUGGUGGCCACCCAGGGACGGGCCUUCUCUGUUGUCACCCCGAGACUUUGGAACGCACUUCCCGUGGGAAUAAGAGUCUCCCCAUCUCUAGUGGCUUUUAAAAAGGGUCUAAAGACUUAUCUUUUUACCCAAGCUUUUUAGCUUUUUAACUUUUUAAACUUUUGAUUGUUUAUUAUUUGUUUUAAAUUGUUUUUAGUAUUUGUUUGUUGUGAACCGCCCUGAGACCUUGGGUUAGGGCGGUAUAAAAAUGUGCUAAAUAAUAAAUAAAUAAAUUUACCUAAUAUGCAAAUUAGGCACCCGGAGUUGACAAGCCAGAAUAUGGCAACCCUAUUCUGUUCACCUUGUCACUCUCUCUGGGCAAUGGUGUAGUGGUGCUAGUCCAAUGCUCAGAGUCAGGCAAUCCAUUGAGGGGAGGUAAUGAUAACAUUACAUCCUUUGAUGGGGCACAUUUGUCAGCACCAAGGAACCCCAAUACAGUCUGGGAAGUUCUAUAACUCGGGCACUUGCAGCCCUGUCUUACGGGCACACUUGGCCAAAUGAAAGUUAUUCUUUUCUGACUCCAUGUGUUCAUUACAUGCUAUAGGUUAAUCCAAGCAAAUCUUGCUUGACAUUUAGAAUUUAACAGGCCGUGUGUAUGCUUAAGGACACUUUUAAAAUCUCCAUUAACAUCUAAACUGUUUGCCAGCCUUGCACAUGGGUUGCCAGAUGGCCCUUAUUUUAUAGGAAUAACCUUUAUUUCACCACAUCAAAACUUAAAGAACAUGAUACCACUACUAAAUCACAUCUGAAGAGACAGUCUGGUUCUGUAGUGUUCCUAAUAUUUGAGCUUUGUACCUGUCAGCAUCUCACAUGCAGACAAUAAGGGAAGAAUCUCUAGCACAUGUGAAAAAGAUGGAUGUCUGUGUUUAAUCAUUCACUUAUUACCAUGGCUUACUUCUUACAUUUUAUAGAACUUCAGCUUCAGUAAUGGGUGAAAUAUUUCAUGCUUGUUCUUGGAUUAACAGGAGCACUUGAGAAUUUGAGUAAUGCUGAAAAUCAGUUUACUUUUAUGUGGUUUCUAAUGCAUAGUGUUGGUAUAUAAUGAAUAGUAUUUGCUCCCAAUAUGAGGAAAAUGAGUUACUGAAUGGUUCUCCAUAGCACCCAAUAAGAACCUUUCCUCUCCUUCCCUGCUGUCUCUGUGUUGGGUGAGCUGCAACUGUACCUGCAUAUACCACUGUGUCCAGAAGCCCUCUGAAUAUAAUAAUACAGCUGCCUAAUCAUCCUCAGGCCUCAUGCAUAUUGAUAAGAGUACAUCAGAAGGAUACAGACUUGUUGCAUUUUCAAGAUGAAAGAACUGAACACAUCUUACUCAAACAUCCUUGGAUUACCUCUGCAUGAAUCUAGACAUUACUGUUUCAGGAACUGUAGUCUGUAAUUAUAAGUAGAUAUCCAUGAAACAUUUUUAUAUUUUG